ACUCCUGCACGCCGACCUCCCGGCUGCAGUCCGGCCUCUUGGAACUGCCCCGUGGUUCCGGGCCCAGCCCUCGCAGCCCCCUACCUCCUCGCCCCAGCCCGGGGAUCCGCGGGGGCCGCGUCCCCCACGCGCCCCCGGAGACGCCCUUUCCGUGUGCGCCCGGGACUUGGUGAAACUUUGCAGGCGCCGGCGGCAAAAUGGAUUUAAUCCGAGGCGUCUUGCUCCGGCUCCUGCUUCUGGCUUCCAGCCUCGGACCCCGCGCGAUGUCGCUCCGAGCGGCCAUCCGAAAACCAGGCAAGGUAGGGCCUCCUCUUGACAUCAAGCUGGGCACAUUGAACUGUACGGCUUUCAGCAUCCAGUGGAAAAUGCCAAGGCAUCCUGGGAGCCCCAUCCUUGGGUACACUGUCUUUUACUCUGAGGUUGGAGCAGAUAAAUCCCUGCAGGAGCAGUCGCACAGCGUGCCUCUCAGCCAGGACAUUCCGACCACGGAGGAAGUGAUUGGAGAUUUGAAACCAGGCACUGAAUAUCGCGUGAGCAUAGCAGCUUACAGCCAGGCUGGCAAAGGGCGGCUGAGCUCUCCUCGGCAUGUCACCACUUUGUCCCAAGAUUCCUGCCUGCCUCCUGCAGCUCCCCAGCAGCCACAUGUCAUUGUGGUUUCGGAUUCUGAGGUGGCCCUGUCUUGGAAACCUGGAGCAAGUGAAGGAAGCGCCCCUAUUCAGUACUAUUCUGUGGAAUUCAUCAGGCCAGAUUUCGACAAGAGGUGGACCUUAAUCCAUGAGCGGAUCCAGAUGGACUCCAUGGUUAUCAAGGGCCUCGAUCCAGAUACCAACUACCAGUUUGCCGUGAGGGCAAUGAAUUCCCAUGGCCCCAGCCCCCGCAGCUGGCCCAGUGACAUCAUCCGGACCCUCUGCCCUGAGGAGGCGGGAAGUGGCCGCUAUGGACCCCAUUAUAUCACCGACAUGGGAGCCGGUGAGGAUGAUGAAGGAUUUGAAGACGACUUAGAUUUGGAUAUUUCCUUUGAGGAGGUUAAACCACUUCCUGCUACCAAAGGAGGGAAUAAGAAAUUUUUGGUGGAAAGCAAGAAGAUGUCUAUAUCUAACCCAAAGACCAUUUCCAGGCUCAUCCUCCCUACCUCAGCAUCUCUCCCUGUGACCACGGUGGCUCCGCAGCCCAUUCCCGUAGAAAGGAAGGGGAAGAACGGUGUGGCCAUAAUGUCAAGGCUCUUUGACAUGCCUUGUGAUGAAACUCUCUGCUCUGCUGACAGCUUCUGUGUCAAUGACUACACCUGGGGGGGCUCGCGAUGCCAGUGCACCCUGGGCAAAGGUGGUGAGAGCUGCUCAGAAGAUAUUGUUAUCCAGUAUCCUCAGUUCUUUGGCCACUCCUAUGUAACAUUUGAACCUCUGAAGAAUUCCUAUCAGGCAUUCCAAAUUACUCUUGAAUUUAGGGCGGAGGCAGAGGAUGGCUUACUGCUCUACUGUGGGGAGAACGAACAUGGGAGGGGGGAUUUCAUGUCCCUGGCUAUCAUCCGACGCUCCCUGCAGUUCAGGUUUAAUUGUGGAACUGGGGUUGCCAUCAUCGUGAGUGAGACCAAAAUCAAACUAGGGGGCUGGCACACAGUUAUGCUCUACAGAGAUGGGCAGAGCGGGCUGCUGCAGCUGAACAACGGCACCCCAGUGACAGGCCAGUCUCAGGGCCAAUACAGUAAAAUUACUUUCCGGACACCUCUCUAUCUUGGUGGCGCUCCCAGCGCUUACUGGUUGGUCAGAGCAACAGGGACAAACCGAGGCUUUCAAGGCUGUGUGCAGUCACUCGCUGUGAAUGGGAGGAGAAUCGACAUGAGGCCCUGGCCCCUGGGAAAAGUACUCAGUGGGGCUGAUGUGGGGGAAUGCAGCAGUGGCAUCUGCGAUGAGGCCUCGUGCAUCAAUGGUGGCACCUGCACAGCAAUCAAAGCCGACUCCUACAUUUGCCUCUGUCCCCUUGGGUUUAAAGGUCGACACUGUGAAGAUGCUUUCACCUUGACCAUUCCUCAAUUCAGAGAGUCUCUGAGAUCCUACGCUGCAACUCCCUGGCCACUGGAGCCCCAGCAUUACCUUUCCUUCAUGGAGUUUGAGAUCACAUUUCGGCCAGACUCAGGAGAUGGUGUCCUCCUGUACAGCUAUGACACAGGCAGCAAAGACUUCCUGUCCAUCAACUUGGCAGGUGGCCACGUGGAGUUCCGCUUUGACUGUGGCUCUGGGACCGGUGUCCUCAGGAGUGAAGAUCCCCUCACCCUAGGCAACUGGCACGAGCUUCGUGUAUCUCGCACGGCAAAGAAUGGAAUCCUACAGGUGGAUAAGCAGAAGGUAGUGGAGGGAAUGGCAGAGGGAGGCUUCACACAGAUUAAGUGCAACACAGACAUUUUUAUUGGCGGAGUCCCCAGUUAUGAUGAUGUGAAGAAGAACUCUGGUGUCCUGAAGCCUUUCAGCGGGAGCAUCCAGAAGAUCAUCCUGAAUGACCGCACCAUCCAUGUAAAGCAUGACUUCACCUCCGGAGUGAAUGUGGAGAAUGCGGCCCACCCCUGUGUGAGAGCCCCUUGUGCCCAUGGGGGCAGCUGCCGGCCCAGGAAGGAGGGCUAUGACUGUGACUGCCCCUUGGGCUUUGAGGGGCUUCACUGCCAGAAAGAGUGUGGGAACUACUGCCUCAAUACGAUCAUAGAAGCCAUUGAGAUCCCGCAGUUUAUUGGCCGCAGUUACCUGACGUAUGACAACCCAGAUAUCUUGAAGAGGGUGUCAGGAUCAAGAUCAAAUGUGUUCAUGAGGUUUAAGACAACUGCCAAGGAUGGCCUUUUGCUGUGGAGGGGAGACAGCCACAUGAGACCCAACAGCGACUUCAUUUCCUUGGGCCUUCGGGAGGGAGCCCUCGUGUUCAGCUAUAACCUGGGCAGUGGUGUGGCAUCCAUCAUGGUGAACAGCUCCUUCAACGAUGGUCGGUGGCACCGAGUUAAGGCUGUUAGGGAUGGCCAGUCAGGAAAGAUAACCGUGGAUGACUAUGGAGCCAGAACAGGCAAAUCCCCAGGCAUGAUGCGGCAGCUUAACAUCAAUGGAGCUCUGUAUGUGGGUGGAAUGAAGGAAAUUGCUCUGCACACUAACAGGCAAUAUAUGAGAGGGCUCGUGGGCUGUAUCUCUCACUUCACCCUGUCCACCGAUUACCACAUUUCCCUCGUGGAAGAUGCCGUGGAUGGGAAAAACAUCAACACUUGUGGAGCCAAGUAACACCAGCUGGCCUUGCCCAAGGGACAGAGCCUUCUAUUCUGAGAAUCCCAGGGGCCCUCAGACCCUGCCUGAUGCUAUACGCAGAGGCCCAGGGACCAGGUGUGUUUCCUCACACCAAGGAGAAAGUACACACUGAUGAGAAACUGAGAACCAAGACAGGCAUCCCUGGGUGGCCUUUCCUGCUGAGACUCUGCGAGCUGACCCAGCAGAAUUCUCUGUGUAGGAAGCAUCGGACUUUGUCCAUUGAAUAUGUAGCGGCUGCCAGAGAUCACACAUCAAUGCAAAUUCCAGAGCCUGUCUGCUAUAGCUCAAUGACUGUGUUGUGAUUCAUAGUACAUUAAAAAGAGAGAGAGAGAAAGAAACCCGCAGGGCAGUAUUAAAAUACUUCUCUCCUUCCCUGACUCAUGACACUCUUCCUGACAGCAGAAUGACUGUGUGACCUUGAACUUCACAUUUCCCACCUUGGCCCGUGGAUUGUUCGGAUUAACCCCUUCCACACCUCACUGGCUGGUUCACUGUGUUCUGACUAGUCCGUGAAAAUAAAGAUGGAAGGAGACCAAACACAGAAUCAUAAUCAUAAUGUGGCCCCCUUCCCCAGAGCUUACCUCGAAUGUGAAAUCCCUACUUUUUAUAAUGCAGAGUUAAGGAGCUGAGACCCCAUGAUUUUGUAGCUGUACUUUUGUAUGUGUAUAUUUUUAUAGCUGCAGACUGUCCACACAGUAUACUUUUGGAAGUUUGGGUGGAUGACCCUGAAUUCUUGCAUACCUUUCCUAAAAAUUUCUCCCAAAAGAGACUUGUUUGGGCCGUUUGUGGUGUCAGUGGAAUGGAUAGGUAACUCGGGUGGGCAACUUGGGGAGCUGACCAUUCUCUUUUGGUAAAUGUUGAUGGCUCAAGGGGAUGAAUAUGAAGCUUUCCAAGAUAAGCAGAUUAAAAGGAACAUGUGUUACUGAGGUAGGUCACUGUCAUUUUUGUUUUAUGAGGUGGGGAAUAUCUAUAGUAAACUUGAAUAAAGGGGACAAAGCUAGAACUUACUCAUUCAUUCAUUCAGUUAUGGAGGUGUUACUGAUUUUGCAGAGGUCAGGUCCAUACUAAUGGACACUAAUACAAUCAGUGUUCCUAAGGCUGUGCAGGGGUUGGGGGACAUGCUGUCAGGAUGGUCUGAGCAUCUGGGUGAGAACCAGAGAAACAAGACUUCUUCCUUCUGUACCAUGAGCUGUGCCCCUUUGCUAUGCAUGCACAUGACCCCAGAGACAGCUGGUUCACUGGCAGAUCCCCAUGACGGACUUACUAAGGGAAAGGUGAGAUGAACACUGCCCCCAAACAUGGGGGGAAAUAUGAUCUAACUUAUGCAAGAGCCUAUAAUUAGUCCCAGCCUUGACUCUACUUUUGUUUGUGCAGCAUUCAUUCAGCAAAGACUUUUGGGGUUUGUGCAAGGCACAGUUUUAAGCACAUAAUGUAAUUCUAAAAGAUGAAUAAACUGGAGAGGUUCA